CUCCUCCUCUCCCUCUCAGUUGCAUCCUCUACGCAUCUCCUCCUCCUCUUCCUCCUUUGUUUGUCGUGCUACUAGCAAUGGAGGCAUCUCUCAGGCUCAAGCUGUUCGCCAUGGCCAUGAUGGCCGUGCUGAUGGCCUCUUCCAUGGUGCAGCAGUCCGCCGCGGCCGAGGCGCCCGCCCCCAGCCCCACCUCAAGCGCCCCCGCCCCGUCGACCGCCGCCGCGGCCCUAGCCUCGGUGGCUGCCCUCGCCUUUGGCUAUCUCUUCUGUUGAGCUACGUGCUCACCUUCUUUGCUGUAAUCUAUUUGUUGAUUCUUCCCUUUCGAUUUGAUCGUCGUUGUUGUUGUUGUGUGUGCGCGCAUUGGUGGAAGGGGGAGAGCGCGGUGUUCGUAUGACCGACCGUAUGUGAGUGGUGGACGGCGUUGUAUCAUUUUCAUGCUGCUUAUCAUAACGUGAUCCAUUCUUUCUAUUGCAA